UACGAAAGUAGAAAAAUCAAAACAAAAAAAAAAAUAUACUGCCAUCGGUGGUCUAGGAAAACCGGAGUAUUUUGCGACUAUCAAGUUCAAAAUUUAUGGUGAAUUUAUUAACAUUUAAAACCAUCCUAUAUAGGCAAAACCAACAAUAUGGAGAUGAAACAGAUCAUUCAGACCCAAAAAACGGACAAUGGCCCAGUUCGACUACCGUUGGACAAUGAAUCGCAUUCGUUCGACGACUGGACCAUCUCCUACACCAAGUCCCACAUUCUGAAGAGUGUAUGCACCAACGAUAACAAAUGCGUGGCUGGCGAACCAAACUGCUGCGAAUUAUGCGUGUACAAUUUUGCGCUUGAGUUGCCGCAUCUGCCAGAUAUGGUUUUUCACAAGAAUGUUUUAGUCAUUAGCCACAAAAGUGGUGCUCGGUUAGAGUUCAACCCAAUGGAUGCACUGAAGCUGGUUCGGAACGAGAAACUGGACCUUAAAGUAGCCUGUUCGGAUGAGUGGAAAGGCAGUCGACAGGCGGCGGAUACUCAGGAAAAGGUGAAGCCCUUCGAUUGGUCUUUUACCACUGAAUACACCGGGACAGUCAACGACGGUAUUCGCGUGGAGAAAACGGACCAGAAAAUCGAUAUGUUUAAACUGAUGAAAAGGGAACCGAUUCAUUUUUAUCAUGAUUUGACACUGUUCGAGGAUGAGUUACACGAUCACGGUAUUUCGGUGCUCUCGGUCAAAGUGCGGGUCAUGCCAUCCGGAUUCUACAUUUUGCAACGUUUCUUUCUACGCGUGGAUCAUGUGUUGAUACGUAUCAACGACACCCGUUUUCACUACGAGAAAGGUAGCAACUACAUCCUAAGGGAGUACACUCACCGGGAGGCAAAGAUUGAACAACUGAGACAUGUUCCUCCUGCUCUUUUUACCAGCCCAAAUGAAAUCGCUGAUCAUCUACCGGUUAUUUCGCGAAUUAACGAAAAACUCAUCAUCGUAGCUAACGAUAGUGAGCAAGAAGUGUCAUCCUAAAUGAUCGCGUUUUUUAUCUACCGAGUAGUUUUAUCCCAUUUUUUUGGUGUGUUCAGCGGAUUAUAUAAUCUGGUCGUACGGAUAGUUCAUUUGAAAAACCAGUCAUGAACCUUA